CCACUUGUUCACACUCUCCGUUACUGCACUUUCAAAGCUUCCCAACAGCCAUAACUUCGAUUUCAUCGACACAGCCAAUAUAUAUAUAUAUAUAUAUAUAUAUAUAUAUAUAACUCUCGAUCAUUAUUCCUUCUUCGUGUUCAUCGAUUCUCAGAUUCUCCUUUGUUAUUGUGGUCAACCGACUUGCUGCAAAUGGCUGCAAAUGCAACUCCUGGCUUCCAAAUUCGAGCAACCAAACAAUGCAUUUCCGCAUCUCACGAUAUUUCAAAAUUGAGCAAUACAAGUUUCAGUUUUGGAAGUAAAAGAAAAUCAUUUAUUGAUUUUAGAGGUUCAUCUUUUAUCUCGCUCACAAAGCCAAUCCAUAGCUUCAAAUUGGCUCCUAGAAAAUUUGAAAGGAUGGUUACAAAAGCAAUGUCUGGAGCAAACGAACAGGUGCCUGUUCCUGGGUUGCCUAUUGAUUUGAGAGGUAAGAGGGCAUUUAUUGCUGGCAUAGCAGAUGAUAAUGGGUAUGGAUGGGCAAUAGCAAAGUCUCUUGCAGCUGCAGGGGCUGAAAUUCUUGUUGGGACAUGGGUGCCUGCAUUGAACAUUUUCGAAACCAGUCUGCGGCGUGGGAAAUUUGACGAAUCGCGAGUGUUGCCCGAUGGUUCGUUGAUGGAAAUUGCAAAAGUCUACCCACUGGAUGCAGUUUUUGACACUCCAGAAGAUGUUCCUGAGGAUGUGAAAACAAACAAACGUUAUGCCGGAUCCUCAAAGUGGACUGUCAAGGAAGUUGCUGAAUCUGUAAAACAAGAUUUUGGCACUAUUGACAUCCUCGUACAUUCACUUGCAAAUGGUCCAGAGGUUAGCAAACCUCUAUCAGAGACAUCAAGAAAAGGAUACCUUGCAGCUAUAUCUGCCUCCAGUUACUCCUUUAUAUCUCUACUAAGGCAUUUUCUUCCCAUAAUAAAUCCAGGCGGUGCCACCAUCUCUCUAACGUACAUUGCUUCUGAAAGGAUUAUCCCUGGAUAUGGAGGCGGUAUGAGUUCGGCAAAAGCUGCUUUGGAGAGUGACACAAAAGUCCUGGCGUUUGAAGCUGGAAGAAAGCACAAAGUCAGAGUCAACACGAUAUCUGCAGGUCCACUGGGAAGUCGUGCAGCAAAAGCUAUUGGCUUUAUUGACAUGAUGAUAAAUUACUCAUUGGAGAAUGCUCCUUUGCAAAAGGAGUUAUAUGCUGAGGAGGUUGGCAAUGCUGCUGCUUUUCUGGCAUCUCCUUUGGCUUCAGCAAUCACUGGUGCCACUGUGUAUGUCGACAAUGGUCUGAAUGCGAUGGGAGUUGGAGUUGACAGCCCAGCUUUUUCGGGUCUUGAUAUCCCAAAAGAUAAUAAGAGCUAGUGUUGGAGACAAUACUAACAAUACUAGUAUGCCUUAUGGUGAUUUUAGGGAAUUUUCUUAUUUGCUAAGCGUAAACAGAAGUCAGCUUUUGUAUCUGUCAUAGAUUCCUGAUAUAUGUCAUUUCAAUUCGGUGAGUGGUAGCAAUUGCUGGUGACACUUUAUCUUUUACCAAAGGGAACUUCAUUUGUAUGA